AUGAGGAUCAAACCAACCCGCCUGCUCUCAUCCUCGAGCGUAAACUCGGUUAACAGCCAGAGUGCAGGUGCAAUGCGUGCAUCUAAAACAGAGAAUGGGGGCCCGGGAGCCGAGACGAGCUGUGGCCUGGCUCUCAAGCUGGUUAUCCUCAAGGCCAGAAAUCUAGCUGCCAAAGACCGCUCUGGCACCUCGGAUCCGUAUCUCGUCAUUACCUGUGGCGACACCCGCGUUGUGACCCAUUCGGUGCCAAAGACGUUGAAUCCGGAAUGGAAUGUCAUUGAAGAGUUCCCAGUCAAUUCGGUUCAGAAUCUCCUCCUCGACGUCAUAUGCUGGGAUAAAGACCGUUUCGGCAAGGAUUACAUGGGCGAGUUCGACCUCGCACUGGAGGAAGUAUUUCAAAAUGAUUCAACAGAGGUAGAACCGCGUUGGUUCCCGCUCAAGAGCAAGAGACCUGGCAAGAAGACAGGAGUCGUCUCUGGAGAGGUCCAGCUGCAAUUCACCCUCUUCGACUCGUCCAAUCACGGGGCUUCGUCACGGGAAGUUCUCGACAAGUUCCAUGCUCUGGUUGCCUCCGUCUCCGGCUCUACGCCUUCUACAACCCCUCUCUUGACGCCGUCUGCGACGCGAAGCGCCACCCCAGGAGCCGCUGGCCAAGACGAAGCCGCAUAUGACGAGGACGAGGACGAGCUCACCGACUUUGACGAGGAGGAAAGUGAGGAUCCCUCCAAACCCGAAGCCGCCGAGAAACGCCGCCGAAGGCUCAGGAUCAAGGGGCUGAAGAAGCGGAGAAGAGAGAACCCUUAUGCCUUCAACAACGGUUACUCGGAUGUCGUGGGCAUCAUCUUUCUCGAAAUCUCCAAGAUCACCGACCUGCCCGCAGAGUCCAACUUGACGAGAACCAGCUUUGACAUGGAUCCAUUCGUGGUGGCGUCCCUCGGCAAGAAAACGUACCGCACUCGACGGGUGAGACACAACCUGAACCCGGUGUAUAACGAAAAGAUGAUUUUUCACGUGCAGGCACACGAGCAAUCCUACUCCUUCGCCUUCACGGUGAUUGACCACGACAAGUAUUCCGGGAACGACUUUAUUGCCUCCUGCAACCUUCCGGUCCAGGAGUUGAUCGAAAAGGCCCCCCAAGCCGAUCCGGAAACCGGACUCUACGGGAUGCGGGAGCCUCCAGAGCACAACACUCCCUCGGCUGCACGUUCUCGCUUCAAGAAGCUUGGUAUGUCUCGGUCCUCGUCAACGCAAAGCCUGGGCAAGUUGAUCCGCCCCCAGCUCUCCAAGACCUCUAGCGCGAACGCGACGACCCAAGGCCCCAGUGUUGAACCAAGUCAGACGCCAUCCGCCAACACCCUCCUCCUGCCGUUGGAUGCACUUGCUAACACGGCCCCUGACGCAUCAGAUAGCACCAGUGCUGAGGCAGACGACGCAGACUUUCGUGAAAACGUGGUGCCUUUGAAGAUGAAGAACCUGGACAAGUGGGAGAGCAAGCAUUCUCCCAAAAUCUACCUCAAGGCCAAGUACAUGCCAUACCCGGCCCUCCGCCAGCAGUUUUGGCGGGCCAUGCUUCGCCAGUACGACACCGACGAGAGCGGCGAGAUUAGCCGGGUUGAGCUCACCACCAUGCUGGACACGUUGGGAUCCACACUCAAGGAGUCCACCAUCGACAGCUUCUUCCAACGGUUUCCCCACAAGGCCGCCGACAACGAGGACACGUGGGAUCUUACCAUGGACGAGGUUGUCAUCUGUCUGGAGGACCAGCUGGAUGCCAAGAGCAAGCCAAGGACCUUGGCAGAGAAGAUCAAGAGCACCGUCCCGGACCUCAGACAUCUCGGCCUCCACAACAAGCCAGCUCUUUCGGGAGAUGUCGGCUCCGCCAAUGCGUCCGGCGCCUCCACCCCAGCCAUUACUGUCGAAUCGCAGGCGCCCGUGGCGGGAGCCGCGGACUCGAAAUGUUCGGGCGAAGAGGAGAGCGACGAAAGCGGUGACAAGGACGAGGAACACGUGGUGGAAAUCCGCGAGUGUCCCAUUUGUCACCAGCCUCGGCUCAACAAGCGCAGCGACAGCGACAUCAUCACCCACAUUGCGACAUGCGCCAGCCAAGACUGGAGACAGGUCAAUACGGUGUUGAUGGGAGGUUUCGUCACGGCCAGCCAAGCGCAGCGUAAAUGGUACUCCAAGGUCAUCACCAAGAUUUCCUAUGGAGGGUACAAGUUGGGUGCCAACUCGGCCAACAUUCUUGUGCAGGAUCGCGUCACCGGCCAGAUCAAUGAGGAGAAGAUGAGUGUGUAUGUGCGUUUGGGGAUCCGGUUGCUUUACAAGGGUCUAAAGUCGCGUGACAUGGAGAAUAAGCGAAUCCGGAAGCUUCUAAAGAACUUGAGCAUCAAGCAAGGGAAGAAAUUCGACGACCCAGCGUCCAAGGAAGAAAUCGAAAAGUUUGUCCAAUUCCACGGUCUGGACAUGUCGGAAGUGUUGUUGCCGACGGAGGAGUUCAAAAACUUCAACGAGUUCUUCUACCGCGCCCUCAAACCCGGCGCGAGACCGUGCUCGGCGCCCGACAACGCCAAAAUCAUAGUGUCGCCCGCCGACUGUCGCAGCGUCGUGUUCAACCAGAUGGACCACGCGACCAAGAUCUGGGUCAAGGGAAGAGAGUUUAGCAUCAAGAGGCUGCUGGGAGACGCGUACCCCGACGAGGCGGCCCGGUACGAAAACGGCGCGCUGGGCAUCUUCCGGCUCGCGCCGCAGGACUACCACCGGUUCCACAUUCCCGUUGACGGCGUGCUUGGCAAGCCCGUGACCAUUGCGGGCGAGUACUACACGGUGAACCCGAUGGCCAUUCGCUCCGCUCUGGACGUGUACGGCGAGAACGUGCGGGUCGUUGUUCCCAUCGACAGCGUCGCCCACGGCAAAGUGAUGGUCAUUUGCGUAGGGGCCAUGAUGGUGGGCAGCACAGUCAUCACCCGGGAAGCCGGGGAGGAGGUGAAGAGGGCGGAAGAGCUGGGCUACUUUAAGUUUGGAGGCAGCACCGUGCUGCUGCUGUUUGAGCCUGGAAAAAUGCUGUUUGACGAUGAUUUGGUGGACAAUUCUAGCGGGGCGCUCGAAACUUUGGUACGGGUCGGCAUGUCUGUCGGCCAUUCUCCGGACGAGGGUCAGCAUACACCUGACAUGCGCAAGAGCGAGGACAAAAUCACCGAGGCCGACAAGCAGGAAGCCAAGCGGCGCAUCCAGGGCAACUUUGCCAUGGAGCAGUCACCCAGCGACAGCGGCGAAGACGACGGGUCCCGCAAGCGCAGGACAGCGGCGGUGCCGACCAUAAACACGCUUGCUGCGUCGGCCAUGUAA